CUCAGCCCCUCGCCGCCGGCCAGCCGCCUCGGGGCCUCGGCGCUCCCUCCACGACCCGCUUUCAGCGUAGUUGCCGGAUGAAACGGUGCCAUCAUCGCUGUGGUGACAGCAGACUGCGACACAGGGUCUGAUCAUGGGAGACAGAAGGAGGUCACCAUGUACCGAAAUCUGUCCAAAUAUACCUUGGUCUUCCUCUUCUUAGCGCUGUCUGGGCUCAUCUUCCUGCUUCGCAACAUCCACACUGUAGAGAACUGGAACUGUCACAGUAUUUCAGCCCUCUACCAGCUGCAGAGUCGAAUCCAGGCCUCCUUCAUCCAGGUCCAUCUGCCCACUUUCCAUCCCAAUCACACUUUCUGCGCCCACCUGGGCCAGAAACCCUCCCCCGAAGAUGAGCUGGAGGAGCGCUACCUGCUGGAGUCCAUCGCCUGGCCCGGGCCGCCGCCUCGCUCCUCGCCAAGCAGCCUUCGCCAGACCAGCGACCCGGUGCACAGCCUGUUCGCCAUCCUUCCCACCAAAGAAGGCAGGGAGUGGCACGUGGGGGACGAGCUGGAGGCCCUCGUGCAGAUGCACGACUUCCAGGGGCGUCCUAAGCAUUACGGCGGAGAUUUCCUUCUGGCCCGGCUGCAUUCUCCAGAGCUCGGAGCAGGCGUAGCAGGGAGGGUGGUGGACCACAAGAACGGCUUUUACUCCGCCCUGUUCCCGCUCCUCUGGGCGGGGACUGCACAGCUGGAGGUCACCCUGGUGCACUCCAGCGAAGCCGUCGCCGUGCUGCAGCGGCUGAGGGAGGAGCGGCCCGAUCGGGUGUUCUUCAAGAGCCUCUUCCGCUUGGGCUUCCUCUCAGAAACUACCGUUUGCAACAUGUGCUUACCUCCCGACCAGCAGCCGCUCUGCAACUACACCGACCUGUACACCGGCGAGCCCUGGUACUGCUACAAGCCCAAGAUGCUGAGCUGCGACACCAGAGUCAACCACGCCAAAGGAGGCUACCUAAAGCACAUCGUCACCAACAAGGAAGCUCUGCUCUUCCAGAGCGGCGUGAACAUCAAAGUUCACAUCCACCCUUCAGGACCCGACAAAGUCACCGUGCUGCCACGGAGAGUUAAGGCAGAGGAAGAGAGCAGCAGUGUGAAGCCGGAGCUGAUGAAAGCGGCGCCGUCUGGAUAUUACUACAACGACACGUGGAGGCCUUUGGGCGGAGUCACAAUGCGUCACUUCAAUCAGUCGUCCGCCGUCUCGCAGUGUUUGAAGAACAAGGUGAUCAACAUGUAUGGCGACUCCACCGUGCGGCAGUGGUUCGAGUACCUCAUCGCUCUGGUUCCAGGUCUGAAGGAGUUCAAUUUGCACAGUCCUAAGAACGUGGGUCCGUUCAUGGCGGUGGACACCACCCACAACAUCCUGCUGAGGUACCGCUGCCACGGCCCGCCCAUCCGCUUCUCCACCGUCAUGUCCAGCGAGCUGCGCUACGUCUCCAACGAGCUGGACGGCCUGUCGGGGGGCCGCAACACCGUGGUGGUGCUCAGCAUCUGGGCGCACUUCAGCACCUUCCCGGUGGGGGUGUACAUCCGGCGGCUGCGGCACAUCCGCCAGGCGCUGGUGAGGCUGAUGGACCGGGCGCCGGGGACGGUGGUGGUGAUCCGGUCGGCCAACCUCCAGGCCCUGGACCAGGAGGUGAGCCUCUACAACAGCGACUGGUACUCCCUGCAGCUGGACCAGGUGCUCCGCGCCAUGUUCAAGGGCCUCAACGUCCUGGUGGUGGACGCCUGGCAGAUGAGCUUAGCGCACCACCUCCCACACGCACUCCACCCUCCGCCGGUGAUCGUCAAAAACAUGAUAGACAUGCUUUUGUCCUAUGUGUGUCCAGAGAAGAAGAGCCAGACGUAACGGGGUUUACCCUUUCUUUUUCUGCUUUUCUGAAAAUUCAAGUGUUUCCCAAAGCAGCAUAUCUUCUCAGCCUGGUCUUCCCAGCAGAGGAGAGCCUCCAGCGGCCAUCACGUCUAUCAACACUGCGUGAACUCCCUCCUGGACCCGGUGUUUGUGUUCUGGAGCCGCCACAGCCUUUCUGUCUCAGAUCUGCUGACAAGUUGCAGUGAAAACCCGAGUCAUUUGAUCCUGUUGCUUUUAAUAACCGUAGCUCGAAGUCUUGCUUCAAGCAAUCAGAUAUUCAGUCUCAUCUGCAGCCAGACAUCCCGGCUGAUGAUUUGAACACGGGAUACGCUGUUUUCCCUUCAACAAAGCA